AUGGUUCGAAGACAGCGGGACCAAAGUACUUCAGAAGAUGAAAUAGUCAUUGAUACUACACCUCAAAAGAAACACAAACGACAUAAACAUAAGAAACAUAAAAAACGGAAAAUAGACAACGAUUACGAUAGUGAUAGUUCCAUUGACGUAUCUUACGAAGAUGCUGUAGACAAAACAUUUAAGAUGAAACCAAAAAAGGAGAUCCCUGGGACAUCGGCCGCCGACAUUUUAAAGGCUCAAACAGUUAAGUCAUCUUCAGAUUCACGAAAAUCUAUACCUGGAUCUUCUUCUAGUACACCCCCAAAGACUGCUCCAAAAAAGAAAAAAGCCAAAGGUAAGGACAGUGGAACUUCUAGUGAAGAAGAGCGAUGGCUAGAUGCUAUAAAAUCAGGAAAACUGGAAGAGGUUGAUGAGGAAUUAAAAAAAAUCAAACCCAAAGAUCCCAAAAUGAUGACAGCAAGACAAAGAGCAAUGUACGAGCGAGGCACAGAUAAAGAUACGGGUCUUGGUGGAGAGGUAUUGCUGGCUCUGCCAUCAGGUUACAAAGAAAAAGUCAUGACAGCUGAAGCUAUACAAAAAGCUGCAUUAAAAUCUCAAAAAAGAAAACAAAUGGCUGAUGAAAAGAGAGAAAAAGAUAAAAAGAAAACUAUGGAUCGCCUUUUAAAAAAACAAGAUUCUAAAAAUCUUAAAAAUGCUCAAAAAGGAAAACCAAUUAGAAAGGUCGAACCAAUGAUUGUCUACAAGAAUAGCAAUUCAGAAAUUUAUUUGACAUUCCCUCCUGGUAUACCAUUUCCAUUAGAGAACAAGCCUCCAAGAGAAGUUCCAAAACCCAUCAAGUGUAGUAUAAAGGACUGUGAUAACAUAAAAAAAUAUAAUUGUUCAAAAACUGGUGCACCUCUGUGUAGUUUGGAAUGCUAUAAAAAGAAUAUGGAAAUUAUAUCUGUUCAAUAA